AUGAAGGUCGAAAUUGACUCCUUCUCCGGCUACCGUAUCUAUCCCAGCAAGGGCAAGCUUUUCGUUCGCGGCGACAGCAAAGUCUUCCGCUUCGCUGGCUCGAAAAAUGCUUCGCUCUUCCUCCAGCGCAAAAAUCCCCGUAAAAUCGCCUGGACUCAAGUUUACCGUAGGAUGCACAAGAAGGGUAUCACGGAGGAGGUUGCUAAGAAGCGCUCACGCAGGACUGUGAAACACCAGCGCGGAAUCGUUGGUGCUGAUCUUGCCGCCAUUGCCGCGAAGCGCAACCAAACCGCCGCCGUUAGGUCACAACAAAGACUGGCUGCCAUUACAAAGGCCAAGACCGAGAAGAAGGAGAAGGAAGUGAAGAAGGCCAAGCCUGCGCGCCAAGCAACCACUUCAGGUCCCAAGGUCUCCAAGCAGCAGAUGAAGGGUGGCAAGGGAGGACGAUGAGGGGCUUGGUGACCAUGAAUGGGAGAUUUCGAUGUAUGACCUAUGCAACACUACGAAAUUAUAUGACAUAGGACAUUCAGAACAGCUGGUCACUUCGUGUGAAAGAUUUGCUAUGUCGACUAUCCUUUCAUUUUGAAAACUUGACGACACGCCCGUUC